AGAGCUCACUCUGCCUUCUUCCUUUCCUAGAGGUGAAGAGAGCAAGGACAAUACUCUCGACGCUGGGACCUAGGUGGCCUUCCAGGGAAGAUGAAGCUCCUCUUGCUCCUGCUGAGCUUCUCUCUGGCCCCCAAGACAGAGGCAGGGGAGAUCAUCGGGGGACAUGAAGCCAAGCCCCACUCUCGACCCUACAUGGCCUAUCUUCAGAUCAUGGAUGAGUAUUCUGGGAGUAAGAAGUGUGGCGGCUUCCUUAUACGAGAAGACUUUGUGCUGACUGCUGCUCACUGUUCGGGAAGCAAAAUAAAUGUCACGUUGGGGGCCCACAACAUCAAAGAACAGGAGAAGAUGCAACAAAUCAUCCCUGUGGUGAAAAUCAUUCCCCACCCAGCGUAUAAUUCUAAGACAAUCUCCAAUGACAUCAUGCUGUUAAAGCUGAAGAGUAAGGCCAAGAGGUCUAGCGCUGUGAAGCCUCUCAAUCUGCCCAGACGCAACGUCAAAGUGAAACCAGGAGAUGUGUGCUAUGUGGCUGGUUGGGGAAAGCUGGGCCCAAUGGGCAAAUACUCAGACACACUACAAGAGGUUGAGCUAACAGUACAGGAGGAUCAGAAGUGUGAGUCCUACUUAAAAAAUUAUUUCGACAAAGCCAAUGAGAUAUGUGCAGGGGACCCAAAGAUCAAACGUGCUUCCUUUCGGGGGGACUCUGGAGGGCCUCUUGUGUGUAAAAAAGUGGCCGCGGGCAUCGUCUCCUAUGGACAAAAUGAUGGUUCAACUCCACGGGCAUUCACCAAAGUCUCGACUUUCCUAUCAUGGAUAAAGAAAACUAUGAAAAAGAGCUAACUACAAGAAGCAACAUGGAUCAUUUCCUGACUAACCAUCUGCCCUAUAGCUGAGUCCAGGAUUGCUCUAGGACAGAUGGCAGCAACUGAAUAAAGCACUUUUUUUCUGACUGGAAGACUGGUUUCAUGUCCAUUCACAGUGAUCAACCCUGUCCUUGGCAGAUGAAUGGAAUACUUCUGCCACAAGGCUGUGACAACCCAGCUGACAUCUGGUAGUUCACCCUCUCUACAAGAGAAGAAGAAUGUUUGAUUGUCCCAAACAUGUACUACUUCCCCUCAAAGACCUUAGAACAUUAUUUAAUGCAAGUCAUCAUUAACAGCUACCUACAGUAUUUUCAUACAGUUUGACCCAAGUCACUGGUGUGCUCUUUGGAACAGAGCAAGAAGUGAUAGAUAGAAUUCCUUUUGAUUCUCUGUGCUAUUUUUCCCCAAUAGAAGGCUUUUAUGUUUUAUCAGGCUAAUUUCCUUAUCAAGUGAAAUGUUUCCAUUUUUACAUUAAUUGCUCAAGGUACAACCUGAUCUUUUAUGUAAAUGAUAUAAAAUGAUUAAAGUAAACUAAUUAACAUGUCCACUAAUUUAAAUACUUUUUAUUUUUGAAGGGAGUACAUAAAAGUUUGUUUGAUAAAAGUUAUGAAAUGUA